CCCUCUCCUCCUGCCUUGUGUCUGUGAGCUCCCAGUUCUCCUGCCCAGCCUGUGCCUCUCUCUCUUACUCACAGUCUGUCUCACUGAGUCUCACACUCUACAGCAACAAUGCAAACCUCCAGGCAAACUACAUACUCUAUGCGCUCCUCCACUAGUGGCAGAACUCCUGCUAUAUCAGUGACCCGUGCCUCUGUUCCUACCUACAGGGCCCGCUCUGUCCAUGGUGGGGCCACCGGGCACCGCAUCAGUGUCUCCUCCACUCACCGCAGUGGGUUGGGAGCUGGGAUGGGAGUGGGCUCCGGAGCAGGGGGCUUCUCCAGCAGCGUCCAGGUGAGCGGGAACAGCGCUGACAUCAUGGGCAACGAGAAGUUUGCCAUGCAGAACCUGAAUGACCGCCUGGCCAACUACCUGGAGACAGUGAGGAACCUGGAGCAGGCCAACCACAAGCUGGAGAUUAAGAUCAAGGAGGCCCUGGAGAAGAGCGGACCUGACUUCAGAGACUACAGCAAGUACCAGGCCAUCCUGGAUGACUUGAGGAAGAAGGUGUUUGAUGCCACAACUGAUAAUGCCCGCCUGGUUCUCAACAUCGACAAUGCUCGCCUGGCAGCCGAUGACUUCAGAGUGAAAUACGAGUCUGAGCUGGCCAUCCGCCAGUCUGUGGAGGCCGAUAUUGUUGGUCUGAGGAAGGUCAUCGACGACACCAACAUGAGCCGCAUGAAUCUGGAGAGCGAGAUCGAAGCCCUGAAGGAGGAGCUCAUCCACCUCAAGAAGAACCAUGAAAAUGAAGUAAUGGAGCUUCGUAACCAGAUUGCCCAGUCAGGAGUCCACGUUGAUGUUGAUGCUCCUAAGGGACAGGACCUGGCUCAGAUCAUGGCAGAAAUUAGGGCCAAGUAUGAGAAGAUGGCACAGAAGAACCAAGAAGACCUGAAAGCAUGGCACGAAUCUCAGAUAACAGAAGUGCAGACCCAGGUCAGCCAGAACACAGAGGCCCUGAAGGGUGCCCAGACAGAGGUGAAUGAACUGCGCAGACAGAUACAAACCCUGGAGAUUGAGCUGGAGUCACAGAGGAGCCUGAAAGCCUCUCUAGAGGGUACACUGAGGGACACAGAAAUGCGUUACAACAUGGAGAUUGAGUCUCUCAACAGCAUGAUCCUGGGUCUGGAGGCGGAGCUCACACAGCUGCGUAACAACAUCCAGAUGCAGACACAGGAGUACGAGACCCUGCUCAACCUGAAGAUGAAGCUGGAGGCCGAGAUCGCAACAUACAGGCAGCUGCUGGACGGCGGAGACUUCAAGUGCGUAGAUUAAGGACUCUAAAGAAGAACUUUGACUGCUCCAGGAUGCUCUGGAAGAACAGAAAACAGUAAAGACCAAAGUGAUGACUGUCACACAGACCCUGGUGGGUGGCAAGGUGGUUUCCUCCAGCACAGAAACCAAGAACCUGUGAAUACUGGAAGCAACUACCUGACACUUCCAACAGUCACUUUCAUUGCAUCAUAACACUAACAUUCAAUUGGCCAUUUGGGUUCCCCUGACUUCUUAGUCGGACAGCACUAACUCUCUCAGCUGUCGCUGCAAUUAGUUUAACUUCCUGGGUAUACAGCUCUUCCACAGGCUGAUAGAAAAAAACUGGAUCAGAAGAAAACUAAAUCAUCUUUUAUUUAUUUCAUCAUGAUGUUAUUUAUGAGUUUGUGUAUUGACCAUCAGAGUUCAGAAUUCAGAAUUGGAGAACUGAGAGCUUUUUCAGAGACAAACUGGUUUCAGACAUUGAAUAUUUCAAAGUAAAAAAAUAAAAAGUCCAAUUAAAUGCAAAACAUCUUUUAUAUUUCAUCAUCUUUGGUUUUCUCUCUGUCCAGUGAAGUCUGCCUGUUGCGCUGUAACGUUCAGACAUUGCAAUAAAGUCAAUUUGAGAAAUGUA